AUGGUAAGCCAAACGAACGGCAAACCUUCUAAGAAGCACAAGAAGAAGGCGCGAAAGGAAAGUAACAAUAUCAGUGAAGUCGCCUCCGCGCCACGGAUCACGGCCGGUACACGUCGCUCACGCCGUGACAGUACUUGCAGCUGUGACAGUAAUGUUGACGCAAACGAACGCCGGCCAAUUAUUGCGUCUGCUUCAACGCACAGCUUUUCAAGUAUUUCUACGCGCCUAUCGCGCAUCCUAAGCGAUGCUAACGCGCCGACGCUGGCCAUGGACGUGACAGGUCACAUCACAUUGUGGAACUACAAGCUAGCUGAGCUCACGGGAUUGCCAAGCGCCGACAUGAUUGGCCGCCACGUCACGGAGAUUGUGGUGGCUUCCAGGAAAAGCGACGUCACACGCGCAUUGGACAUGGCGCUUAGUGACAUCAAUACGACCGUGCGAGACGUAAAACUAGAGCUCAACACGCCUGAACUGGGUCGAAAUUUGAAGCUGCUCGUUAACUUGACUGUCGACGUAGACGACACAAUGACGGCGUCGAGUGUUGUCGCUAUUGGACAGGACGUUGCAGCGUGGCCAGUGCCCGAGUCGCAAUACGUGCGUGUCGCUCAGCAGGCAAAUGCGCCUAUUUUUGAGCUCAAUCGAGACGGACUCAUCAUUCUCUGGAAUUUCAAAGUCGAAGCACUCACGGGCUAUUCAAUCGAUCAAGUUCUUGGUACGCCUCUUGUUGACUUAGUGCAUGAUGACUUUCGCGUGCUUGUUGAGGAACUACUUACACGCGUUGCAUCAACAAACACGUCGGUAUCCGAGUUUGAGUUGCCAUUAAAGACUGCGAGUGGCGCACGUAUCGAGCUGCUGCUUAGCCUCACGCCACAAGUUAUUGUCGAUGGGGCUGACACCAUCGUCGAUCGCAUCGUGGCUAUUGGACAAGACGUCACGGCACACAAUGCAAGUGAAAUGGAGUACAGUAAAUUGGUAGAUUCAGCCAAUGCACCCAUUUUUGGAGUCGACACAAAGGGCUGCGUUGUCAUUUUCAAUAAAAAAGCAGCAAAAAUCAGUGAGUAUUGGCCAGGUGAAGUCAUGGGCGUUGAUUUGGUAUCAUUCUUAAUUCAUGAAGAUUAUCGCGAACAAGUGGCUGCAGUCUUUCAAAAGGCGCUACGUGGUGUCGAGACGGCAAAUUUUGAAUUUCCACUGAUCACGAAACAUGGUCGAAAAGUCGAGAUUCUCCUGAAUGCGACGCCGCGGUACAACCAUGAAGGCGUAAUUGUUGGCGUCGUCGGCAUUGGUCAGGAUAUUACCGAACGGAUUGUACAAGAGCAAGAGUACAGCCGAUUGAUUGAUACAGCCAACGCACCUAUUGUAGGCGUGGACAAGCAAUUUCGUGUUACAAUUUGGAAUAAAAAAGCUGCAGCCAUCACCGAUUACUCGAAUCUGCAAGCGAUUGGGAAAGAUCUUCUUGGAUUUAUUGCUGAAGAUGCACGUGAUACGGUAGCAAAUGUAUUGUUGAAGGCGAUGGGAGGCAUAGAGACUCCAAAUUUUGAGUUUCCGCUAGUUACAAGAAGUGGAAGGCAGCUGGAUAUUUUACUUAACGCUACACCUCGCUUUGAUCACAGUGGCGCGAUUACUGGCGUUGUCGGUAUUGGACAAGACUUUACUGACCAGCGCGCGCAAGAAGAAGAGUACAUACGAUUGAUUGACACGGCAAAUGCACCGAUCUUCGGUAUUGAUAUGGACGGCCGAGUGGACAUUUGGAACCGAAAGGCGGUUGCAAUUACAGAGUAUAUGGUCCUUGAGGCACGAGGUACGCAACUUGUUGAGAGUUUCAUUCCACAAGAUUAUCGUGCUGGCGUGUCUGUCGUCAUGUCGAAGGCCAUGGAAGGAGAAGACACUGCAAAUUUUGAGUUUCCGCUUAUUACAAAGACUGGCCGACGAGUCGAAAUUUUACUGAAUGCGACUCCACGGUAUAAUCAACAUGGAGACAUCGUCGGUGUGGUCGGAAUUGGCCAAGACAUCACAGAACGCAUUGUACAGGAGCAAGAGUAUAGUCGCCUGAUUGAUACAGCCAACGCGCCCAUCUUUGGAGUAGACAUGGCGGGUCUUGUAAAUAUCUGGAACGAUAAAUCAGCUGAGAUCACGCAAUUUACAGCCAAUGAAGUCAUGGGAAAAGAUUUAGUACAAGAACUAAUCUCCGAAGGGUACCGUUCAGCUGUGGGGUUAGUGUUGUCUCAGGCUUUGAACGGAGUACAAACGGCCAACUUUAAUUUUCCAUUAAUCACUAAGACUGGACGACGAGUGGAAAUUCUGCUAAAUGCUACUCCGCGGUAUAACGAGUUGGGCGAAAUUGUUGGCGUGGUGAGUAUAGGCCAAGAUAUUACGGAACGGAUUGCUCAGGAGCAAGAAUAUAGUCGCUUAAUUGAUACGGCCAAUGCUCCAAUUUUUGGUGUCGAUAAAGAAGGCUGUGUAAACAUUUGGAACAAAAAGGCGGCUGAAAUUAUGCAAUACUCGAACGAUGAAGUAGUUGGGGAGAAUCUGGUGGAAAAGUUUAUUACGGAGGAUUAUCGGGAAGCUGUUGGUGCUGUCUUAUCAAAGGCGCUUGGUGGCGUCGAGACAGCGAACUUUGAGUUUCCGCUGGUGACAAAGGCAGGACGUCGAGUGGAGAUUCUGCUGAACGCCACGCCGCGCUUUAAUGAGCACGGAACAGUGAUUGGUAUGGUCGGGAUUGGGCAAGAUAUUACGGAUCGAAUUGCGCAGGAACAAGAGUAUGCGCGAUUGAUCGAGAAGGCCAAUGCUCCAAUCUUUGGCGUUGACGCAGAAGGAAAGAUCAAUAUUUGGAAUCAUAAAACUGCUGAAAUGACGCAAUACUCCAAAGAAGAAGCAGUCGGGAUGGAUUUGAUGAGUUGGGCGAUACCUAAACAGUAUCGUGAUGCGGUAGAAACAAUUUUGUGGAAGGCUUUGAAAGGUGAUGAAACAUCAAAUUUUGAUGUUGAAUUAAAGAAAAAGAAUGGGCGCACUGUGAACAUUCGCAUGAAUGCUACUGCAAGAUUUGACCAGCAUGGUGGAAUCGUGGGUGUAGUAGGUAUUGGUCAAGACUUGACCGAUCGAAUAGUACAAGAGCAAGAGUAUACGCGUCUGAUCGACACGGCCAAUGCACCAAUCUUUGGCGUGGAUGCGAAUCUGUGCGUGAAUAUCUGGAAUAAAAAGGCCGCGCAAAUUACAAAGUAUUCUACUGCCGAAGUCAUCGGCGAGAAUCUCGUCGAGACGUUCAUAUCUCCAGAAUAUCGGCCUGCAGUUGCAGAUGUGUUCAAUAAGGCAUUAAAUGGUAUUCAAACGGCCAAUUUUGAGUUUCCACUGAUUACACGGCCUGGAACGCGAAUUGAAAUUCUUCUGAACGCAACACCACGCAAUGAUAUGCACGGAAAUAUUGUCGGCGUAGUGGGCAUUGGUCAAGAUAUAACCGACCGUAUCGCACAAGAGCACGAGUACUUUCGAUUGAUCGAUACGGCGAAUGCGCCAAUUUUUGGGGUUGAUACGUUUGGCUGCAUUAACGAGUGGAAUCAGAAGAUAGAAGAGAUUACGGGGUACCACAAGUCUACAGUGCUUGGUCUGUCACUGGUGGAUGCGUUUAUCAACUCUGAAAAUCGACCAGAGGUACGAAAGCUACUGAACCAGGCUCUGAUUGGUAUUGAUGUUGGGGAAAUGGAAUUGCCCAUGACGACUGCUGCAGGUCGAUCUCUGCUAUUGCUAGUGAAUGCUUCUAGCAAGAAAGAUAUGCAUGGAAACAUUCGCGGUGUCAUUGGGGUAGGACAAGACUAUACAGCCAAGAAGCACAUGGAGGCAGCAAAAGUAAAUUUUCUUGCGUCGUUUAGUCAUGAGCUGCGUACACCACUAAACGGAGUACUUGGGAUGCUGGAGUUGUUGCGCGAACAAAAGCUAAGCAAAACACCAGAACGCUACGUACAUAUCGCCUACAUUUCUGGCUCGCUGCUGCUCAAUUUGAUCAAUGAUAUCUUGGAUUUGUCGAAGAUUGAGGCUGGGCACAUGGAAAUCUCUGCAGAUCCGUUUCAAAUGGAAGAUUUGUUGGAAUAUUCAGUGGAAAUCUUCAAGUUUAAGGCACGUGAAAAGCACAUCAAGUUGACGCUCGAGUGCUCACCAAAGGUGCCACAGCGUGUCAUAGGGGAUGUCAGUCGACUUCGUCAAGUAAUAUUGAACUUGUUAUCAAAUGCAAUCAAGUUUACGAAUGAAGGGUCGAUUACAGUGCGAUGCAGCAUGGUGCCGUCACCAGACUUGCCGAAGCAUUGUAUUAAACUGUUAUUUCAAGUCAUUGACACGGGUGUUGGUAUGGAUGAGGAAGAAAAAUCGCGUUUGUUCUCACUUUUUACGAAACUUGAGCGUACACGCAAAAAUAAUCCGACGGGCUCAGGCUUGGGGCUUGCUAUCUGCAAGCAACUUGUAGAGCUGAUGGAUGGUGAUAUUGACGUCGAUAGCGAGCUGGGCGAGGGGUCCGAAUUUUUCUUUACCGUUGUGGUACGUCGUCUUGAAGACCAAGAUGAAGAAAUUGUCCCGCCAUUCCCGGUUUUGAUGGCUGCAGAAUCCGGAACAAAUUCGGCUUUAGCUGUCAACAAUGGCCUUCGAUCCACUGCGUCCAUGUCAGAGCUCGUGCCGCAACAUGCUCGGAUCUUAACAGUUGAAGACAAUGAAUUCAAUUGGGAGGUCGUCAAAAGUUUCUUUAUGGAGGACAAUCACCUUCUUCAGUGGGAAACGAAUGGACUGGAUGCGUGUCAAAUGUACCAAGAACAUCACGAAUCGUAUGACAUCAUACUUAUGGAUUGUGAAAUGCCAAUUAUGAAUGGAUACGACGCGACUCGAAACAUUCGAGGCUUUGAAAAACUCCACAAGCUCCCGCGGAUUCCCAUCAUCGGAGUCACGGCGUAUGCUAUGAGUGGCGACCGUAAAAAGUGUUUGGAUGCUGGCAUGGACGAGUUUAUCGUCAAACCCAUUUCCAAGCCAGAGUUACGAAAGGCUAUUCGCAAGUGGAUGCGCGUUCGUUACUUAGGGCAGCAUAAUUCUCGCUCGUCACGCGUCGAGUCUCUCGAUGCAAUUAGCGUUGACGUGGACUCAUUCUCCAACCAGAAUGGCGCAAACUUGGUAGCUGCAUCGAGGCACAAGGAGAAAUUGGAUCUAGACCGAGCAAUUUCAGACUUAGAACUAGAGGAUCCAAUGAUGAUAGGCCAACCCGGUGGUAUACAAACGGUAGCUAGUUCUGAAGCAUUGCUUAUGGCGCUUACGACAAUCAGCGAGGGCAAGAGUAAUUCUACAAGUUCGGGCACUGUCGGAAAUACCAUCGGAACGGUUGAGAUUCAGCGCGAGACUCUUAAAUCGCCGAAGAUUGUACAAAAUUUAAAUGGAGUACCGCCAACACAUCCCGGGACGCUUGUGAAUGCGUCGAGUAUUGUUGGCAUGAAUUUGUUUGCUGCAGCAAAGGCAGCGGGUAUUUACCCAAUGGAUGCAGUCGAGCCAACGUCUCACUCAAGUCCGAAUUCGUUUUCAUCGAGUGACGGUAAUAAUCAGCAGGAGGCUACUGAAGUGGCCAAUAGCUCUACAUCUUUGGCGAGCAAGGCCGCACGAGCAUUUUCUAUGACUAUGGCUCCGGGAGAAGUUGUGAUCCCAACAGGUGAUCCGAUUGAUUACUCUCUGGGAGUGGAGCAGUGUGGUGCAAAUGAAAGCCUUUUUGUUACUCUAUUGGAAAAGUAUGCAAAUUUGAGCGAUGAGUUUAUGCGACGCAUUGAGGAAGCUUACUCUCAAGGUGACUUGGUCGUGCUGCGACGCGAGAGUCAUUCGCUUAAGGGAUCAUCCGCUUACGUAGCAGCCAUGCGAGUGUCCAAGGCAGCAUUUCGAGUCCAACUAGCGACUGAGCAUGUGAUGGAAGCGACUGCAACGAGUGAAGACCACACAGCAUUAAACGAUGCGUUUCAUCUACUAAAGAGCGAAUAUCGUGCUCUACGUGGCUAUCUUCGUCGCAAUUUCUCGUUCCGCGCGAGUAUUGGUAGUGGAAAUCAAGAAGUUAAGAAGAAGAAUAGUGGUGGCGGAGGUGACAAUGCCUGUGUGGUCAUGUAA